CAGCUCACCUGUGUGUCCGUGUUUAGUGCCCAGGUUUGGAGUGGAGCUUGUUGUUCGUGUGUGUGUUUGAAGAAACUGUGAAAGGAGAAAGUUUGUGUGAACUGACGUGGAUUUGAAUUCAGCAGCAUGGAUCAGUGUGAGGACAGAGAGGAGGGAGUCCCUCCCUCUAAAACCACUCUGUGUGGGGAAGAUGAGAGCCAGACCAAAGCUGAGAGGAAGAAACGAGGAACUAAACGGAAACACGAACCUGAACCCAGCUGUGUGUCCUUAAAGAGUGAGCAGUCAAAGGAUUAUUACGUUACCUUUAAAUCAGGCGCUUGUUCUCCUGCAGAGAGAGUGGACCAGGAGCACUCAGAGGUCCCCAGUGGUCAGCCUGCCCAGGAGCAUCAAACACAGCUGGACUCCAUAUUUAAGGUCCUGGAGGACAAUAUCAUCACUUUUGUGAAGAAUGAACUGAAGAAAAUCCAGAAGCUUCUAAACUCUGAUUACCCAGAACAAGAGAGUCUAAAGCAGGGUGACGAGAGCAGCAGCAGAGAGGCUUUUAUGAACAUCACACUAGACUUCCUGAGGAAAAUGAAGCAUGAUGAACUUGCUGACCUUAUAAAGACCAAAACUUUCAUUAAGGACGCCCAUUGGAGCCAGGUUGAACUCAAAUCUAAGCUGCAGAAGAAGUUCCAGUGUGUGUUUGAGGGGAUUGCUAAAGCAGGAAAACCAACCCUUCUGAAUCAGAUCUACACAGAGCUCUACAUCACAGAGGGAGGGACUGCAGAGGUCAAUGAUGAACAUGAGGUCAGACAGAUUGAAACAGCAUCCUGGAAACUAGACAGAGAAGAAACAACAAUUAGACAAGAAGACAUCUUUAAAGCCUCACCUGGAAGAGAUGAACCAAUCAGAACAGUGCUGACAAAGGGAGUGGCUGGCAUUGGGAAAACAGUCUUAACACAGAAAUACACCCUCGACUGGGCUGAAGGCAAAGCCAACCAGGACAUCCAGUUCAUAUUUCCAUUCACUUUCAGAGAGCUGAAUGUGCUGAAAGAGAAAACGUUCAGCCUGGUGGAACUUGUUCAUCACUUCUUUACUGAAAUCAAAGAAGCAGGAAUCUGCAGCUUUGAAGAAUUCCAGGUUGUGUUCAUCCUUGAUGGUCUGGAUGAGUGUCGACUUCCUCUGGACUUCCACAAAACUAAAAUCCUAUCUGACCCUAGAAAGCCCACCUCAGUGGAUGUGCUGCUGACCAACCUCAUCAGAGGGGAACUGCUUCCCUCUACUCGCCUCUGGAUAACCACACGGCCUGCAGCAGCCAAUCAGAUCCCUCCUGACUGUGUUGACAUGGUGACAGAGGUCAGAGGGUUCACUGACCCGCAGAAGGAGGAGUACUUCAAGAAGAGAUUCAAAGAUGAGGAGCAGGCCAGCAGGAUCAUCUCCCACAUCAAGACAUCACGAAGCCUCCACAUCAUGUGCCACAUCCCAGUCUUCUGCUGGAUCACUGCUACAGUUCUGGAGGAUGUGCUGAAAACCAGAAAGGGAGGACAGCUACCCAAGACCCUGACUGAGAUGUACAUCCACUUCCUGGUGGUUCAGGCCAAAGUGAAGAAAGUCAAGUAUGAUGGAGGAGCUGAGACAGAUCCACACUGGAGUCAAGAGAGCAUGGAGAUGAUUGAGUCUCUGGGAAAACUGGCUUUUGAUCAGCUGCAGAAAGGAAACCUAAUCUUCUAUGAAUCAGACCUGACAGAGUGUGAAAUCGACAUCAGAGCAGCCUCAGUGUACUCAGGUGUGUUCACACAGAUCUUUAAAGAGGAGAGAGGACUGUACCAGGACAAGGUCUUCUGCUUCAUCCAUCUGAGUGUUCAGGAGUUUCUGGCUGCUCUUCAUGUCCAUCUGACCUUUAUCAACUCUGGAGUCAAUCUGCUGGAAGAGGAACAAACAAUCUCAAAGUGGCCUAAUUCCCAUAACAAACCAAACCUACAAUCUCUCCACCAGAGUGCUGUGAACAAGGCCUUGCAGAGUCCAAAUGGGCACCUGGACAUGUUCAUCCGUUUCCUCCUGGGUCUUUCAUCACAUACCAAUCAGAGUCACCUACAAGGAGACUCUACAAGCAGUCUCUACGAGGAGACAUCCUGUCUGCUGCCACAGACAGGAUGUAGCUCACAGACCAAUCAGGAAACAGUCCAGUACAUCCAGCAGAAGCUCAGUGAGAAUCUGUCUGUAGAGAAAAGCAUCAAUCUGUUCCACUGUCUGAAUGAACUGAAUCAUCGUUCUCUAGUGGAGGAGAUCCAACAGUCCCUGAAAUCAGGAAGUCUCUCCACAGAUAAAGUGUCUCCUGCUCAGUGGUCAGCUCUGGUCUUCAUUUUACUGUCAUCCCAAGUAGAUCUGGGUGUGUUUGACCUGAAGAAAUAUUCUGCUUCAGAGGAGGCUUUUCUGAGGCUGCUGCCAGUGGUCAAAGCCUCCAAGAUGGCUCUACUGGGCAGCUGUAACCUUUCAAACAGAAGUUGUGAAGCUCUGUCCUCACUGCUGUCCAGCUCCCAGUCCUCUACUCUGACAGAGCUGGACCUGAGCAACAAUGACCUUGAGGAUUCAGGCGUGAAGCUUCUGUCUGAAGGACUGAAGAGUCCACACUGUGCUCUGAAAACUCUCAGUCUGUCAGGCUGUCUGAUCACAGAGGAAGGCUUUACUUCUCUGGCCUCAGCUCUGAGCUCCAACCCCUCCCAUCUGAGAGAGCUGGACCUGAGCUACAAUCAUCCAGGACCUUCAGGAAUGAAGCAGCUGGAAUUGAAGGAUCCACGUUGGAAACUGGACACUCUCAGGGUGGAGCCUGCUGGAACCCAAUGGUUAAAACCAGGCCUGAGGAAGUAUUCCUGUCAACUCACAAUCGACACAAACACAGUACACCCAAACCUCAAACUGUCUGACAACAACAGGAAGGUGACACGGGUGGACGAGGUUCAGUCCUAUCCUGAUCAUCCAGACAGAUUUGAUGUUUGUUAUCAGCUGCUGUAUACAAAUGGUCUGACUGGUCGCUGUUACUGGGAGGUUGAGUGGAGAAGAAGGGUUGAGAUAGCAGUGAGUUACAGAGGAAUUGAAAGGAAAGGAGAUGGUGAUGACUGUGUGUUUGGAGAAAACGAUAAAUCCUGGAGUCUGAGGUGCUCAGAUAAUGGGUCUCAUUCUGUCUGGCACAAUAGCAGCAAAGUGUCCUCCGCUGCCUUCUCUGUCUCUAACAGAGUAGCAGUGUAUGUGGACUGCCCUGCUGGCACUCUGUCCUUCUACAGAGUCUCCUCAGACACUCUGAUCCACAUCCACACCUUCAACACCACAUUCACUGAACCUCUUUAUCCUGGAUUUUGGUUCAGGUCUUCUGGUGCCUCAGUGUGUCUGUGCUGAGUUAAAUGUAAAGAGUGUCCUCCUGUUAGGGAAACACUAGCUGUUGAAGAGAUAGUUCAGUCUGUACAUGUCUGUCUCUUUCAUUCAGAAACAUGAUUUUAGAUUCAUGGAUUCAAUCCGUUCAUGUUUUAAACUGUUCUAAAUGAUUCCUUGUAAACUUCUUCCUCUUCGGUCCUUUAAAGAUGGAAGCUACCAUUAUUCCAGAAUCCACAUGUUGUUUUUUGUCUUUUUCCAUUCAAAGUUUCACAGUAAGUAAG